UCUCUCACUGACCCCAUACCUUUACGCCUUAUCCCAUAAAAUCCCCCAUCAUCCCACUACACUACACUACACCACUCCAUCCAAAAACACCAUGGCAGCUCUCAUUCUCCCAACUCUCACUGCAGCCUUCUCCUUCCUCCUCCUCUUCACCCCCCACACCCAAGCCCAAACCGCACCCGCCCCGGGUCCCACGGGCCCACUCAACUUCACCGGCAUCCUCGAUAAGAACGGCCAAUACACCACCUUCAUCCGCCUCCUAAUCCAAACCCAAGUAGCAUCCCAAAUUACAAACCAACUCAACAGCUCCACCGAGGGCCUAACCGUCUUUGCCCCGACAGACAAUGCUUUCACCAGCCUCAAAGCCGGCACACUCAACAAUCUAAGAACCCAACAACAAGUAGCCGUUGUGCUCUACCAUGUGCUGCCCAAAUAUUACACUCUAACCAGUCUUUUAACGGUGUCAAACCCCGUUAGAACUCAGGCCACGGGCCAAGACGGCGGCGCGUACGGGCUGAACUUCACAGGGUCGGGAAACCAAGUUAAUGUGUCUAGUGGGGUGGUGGAGACUCAGAUCAACAAUGCACUUAGACAACAGUUUCCAUUGGCCGUUUACCAAGUGGACAAAGUACUGUUGCCUAAUGACUUGUUUGGCGCCAAGGCACCUGCAUCGGCUCCUCCUCCAGCUAAGACCCACUCAUCAUCAGGAAGCUCAAACGAAACGGCAACAAAAGCUGCGUCGUCACCUGAUAAUUCUGAUGCUGGUUCGAUUAAGAGCAAUGCGGGUUUCAUGGGAUUGGUGUUUGGGAUGAUGGGUUUGCUUUUCAUAGGGAUUUUCUCGUAAUUAAGCAUCCAAUAUAUAAUAUCCCAGCUAGGGUCUGUGGGAUAUGGACCUACGCACAAACAUUCGUGUUCUUAAUUUGUAUUCCUCCCUAUUUCUCUAUGUUUUUGGUACUUUUGUUUUAAAUUUUUGAAUCAAAUUGUUUGAUUGAUUGUUAUUCCCAAUAAAUCCUAAUACUGUUGGGUUUUAACGCAA